CUUAAAUCACUCCACCAUGCAGUUUAUUCACGUUUUUACAAUUUUAGUGGCAUCUGUGCUAUGUGUAUUCGCAAAUAAAACUGAUACACAAAACUCAAACGUUACAACAUCCGAACUAUUGGAAAUAUAUCAAGGACAAAACUAUGGCUACACUCAGUAUGAUUAUAGUUACUAUAAAUAUCACAGAGAUCCACAAGUAUGGGAUGAUGCACGAAAAAUUUGUGUUGCCGAAGGUGGCAGUUUAGCAAUUAUUAAUUCAGAAGAUGAAGCUACCACUCUUCGUCUGCUAAUGUUCCCAUAUCCGCCAACGGAUUUGUUUGAUGUAUCUGAUGAUUUUAAAAAUAAGGUUUUAAUCGGAUUCCAUGAUUACUUCGAAGAGAAUGAAUUUGUAGCAGUCAAUGGCGAAGAUUUAGUAAAUACUGGAUAUACUUAUUGGGCAGAGCCACCGAAUGACAAUGGUGGUAAAAAUAGAUGUGGAGCAUUUUAUCGUGGAGCAGAUUGGACGCAAACUGGUGGAUUAAGUGUUGUAUCGUGUAACGAACGAGGAACUUAUAUUUGUGAAAUUCCAAUAUGUACAAUAGCACAAACAGAAAUAUCGCAAUCGGUUCCCAUAAAUAUUAAUGGAAAAAAGUAUACUUUUCAUGGAGAUCCACAGGUAUGGAAUGAAGCACGAAAAAUUUGCGUGUCAGAAAAUGGUCAUUUGGCAAUCAUUAACUCACUAAAUGAAGCACAAACUUUAUCGGCACAGAUAUACGUACAUCCAAAGGUAUUCAGUGCCCCAAACAUAGAUCCUAGUCUUAGGGGAACAAUUUUAAUUGGAUUUCAUGAUUAUUUCAAACAAGGAGAAUAUGUAACACUUGAUGGUAAAGGUAUCGAAUAUUCAUAUGCAUUUUGGGCACAAAAUCAGCCGAAUGAUAAUGGUGGUACGAACAAAUGUGGAGCAUACGUUAUAGGUGGUGGCUUGAGGGUUACAAGUGUUAGUAACCCAAAGGAUUCAGUUCCACGUGGAUACUUUUUGUAUCCAGAUACUGAUAGUUAUUACAAAUUUCAUACUGAUAUACAAACAUGGGCAGAAGCACGAAGUAUUUGCGAAGCAGAAGGUGGUUAUUUAACAAUAAUUAAUUCACAGGAAGAGGCGUCUUUUCUAGUCCGUUUGAUGAGCCAAUAUCCACUUGCAGUUUUGGAUCCAGCAAUUACUGAGAAGGAGUAUUUUAUUUUCAUUGGAUUUCAUGACUGGUUCCGAGUAGGUGAAUGGGUUACAAUUGAUGGUAAAUCACUAAUUUCCUCCGGAUAUGUUCAUUGGAAAUUGGGUGAACCUAACAAUGCGGGAGGCUGGGAACGUUGUGGGUCAUUUUACGUAAAUGGUGGAUUAAACGACUUAAACUGUGAUUUUCUUCAGCCUUUUGUAUGUGAAAUUCCAGCAAACAUUUGCAAUGAAUUUUAAAUAAGGAAUAAUAAUUGACAAACUGUAUUACUCUGGGAACUAUACAAUGAGUUGCGUAUGAAAAUGUUUAAAUAAGUAGAUUAAAAUAAAUAUAAACGUAGAAGAUAUAGAAAAUGUUCAAACUUAACUGAAAUUAAUCGAGAGAGAAUUAUCAAAACUUAUUUUAAUUUGCAUACAUGGACUAUCCUGGUCCAUUCUGAAGAUAUAAAUUCUGCCUAUUCGACUCUGUUCUACGUUCGGUCUGUUUCAAUUGAACUUAAAUCUAAUUGUACAAUAAAGAUAAUC